UUUAUUUGCAAAAUGGGGCAAAACUGAGAGACGAGCUUUUCACUUCACUUUCACCUUUCACUUACAAUCGCUUAAAUAACUCGGCAUUCGGUCAAGAUCGAGCUCAGGGAGGUUGUGGAGGAGUUCUGCUACGGUCGAGAGAUCGGCGGGACCGGGAAAGAUGGCCGAUAACCUCUUCGAAGGGCUUCCACCGCCGAUUUCAGCGAUAGACCCUUCGCCGGAGACCCAACUAUAUGACGCAAACACCACUCAGAAUCGGCCCUCCGAUCCGUCUCCUAAUCCCCCUGCUUCUUCUUCUUCAUGCCCUCCGCCGGUCAUCAAGAGCGCCCUCAAGCGCCCGAAGACUGCCCUGGAACCCAAUCCCACAGGUCCAGCUACAGCACCGGCACCGGGAAAGCGUUUAAGGUUCAAAACCACCACAGAUGCCUCAGAGGCCCAAGUUAUGGAGGCUAUGCAGAAGAUAGCUUCACAUAUUAAGAACCCCACCAAGUUUGGUAAGGCUGCAAAACUUGCCAUACAGCUCAUUCAGGCGGGAAGCGUGAAGGCAGCUACGAGUGAUCAUUUCUUUGCCAUACUUGAAGCUGCCAUGUCCAUGUCUUCAUCCACUCCUUGUACUGAUCCCUCGGUACGAGGAGAUUAUCAUGCAUUGUUCUCAGCUGCACAAUCUACAAUGGAAUGCCUCAACAAAAAGCAGAAGAACCAGUUAUCAACCUGGACGAUUCAGGCUGUAGUGGCAAAUGAUUUGUUGACAGAUGACAGUUUUGUGUUUUCAAAGACAGCAACACAAAUAAAAGAAGCCAUCUCUAAUCUUCCAGUUGCUACUAAGGAGGACGACGUUGAGGAAGCUGAAGCACUUAAAGUUCACGAAGAGAACACAGAUGAUGAACAUCAGAAAAAGGAAAAUGCUGCUCCAGCCAAAGAGAAAAGCCAGGAAGAAUCCGACCCGUUUGGACUCGAAGCUUUUCUGCCUGGUUCAUUGAAGAAAGGUGAGAGGGCAAAGGGAAAAAAUGAUGUGGAAUCCAAGAUUAGACAGGAUGAAGAAGUGGAGGCUAAGAGUUUUCUCAAAGCACAAAGAGAAGCCUUAACUAGUUGUUUAGAAAUUGCUGCUCAUCGGUAUAAAAUUCCAUGGUGUCAAACUGUCAUUGAUAUCUUAGUGAAGCAUGCCUUUGAUAAUGUUAUGAGGUUCACAUCACAGCAACGGGACGCGAUUGGGAAAUUGUGGGCUUCAGUGAGGGAACAACAAAAUCGUAGGAAACAAGGAAAAUCAGUCUCGGGUAAGCUCGAUGUAAAUGGAUUUGAAUGGCUGCAACAGAAAUACGCCAAUGAGAAGAUCAGCAUUCGACAUUCUGUUGGGGCUAGUGGCGAUCGAAAAGCACAACAGUGGCUUGGUUGACAAAUUGAUCAAGGUUUUUCCUUUGAUGUUUGCUCAUAACAAAAAAAAUUUCCUUUGAUGUUUGCUCAUAACAAAAAAAUAUGUACCUUAAUUGUAUUGUUGAAAUUAAUACGUACAUGACCGCAAUUUGGAAUCUUA